CCGCUCCCAGGCGUCCUUGCAAGGUCGCUUUCCGGAGCGGGAACGCGCUUGAAGCACAGGCCCUGGGGCCGGGGACGCGCUCUCUUCUUGCCUCGGGACUAGGGGAGACAUGGCGGGGUACACUCCAGACGAGAAACUGCGGCUGCAGCAGGUGCGCGAGCUCAGGAGGCGGUGGCUGAAGGACCAAGAGCUGAGUCCUCGGGAGCCCGUGCUGCCGCCGCAGAGGUUGGGGCCCCUGGAGACGUUCUGGAAUAAGUUUUUGCUGCACCCGACCCCCUGGAGGAAAGCGCUGCAUAAGGUAUACCGACACAGUGUCCUUGCUUUUACUCAUGUACUUAUACCUGCCUGGAUUAUUCAUUAUUAUCUCAAAUAUCAUGUGUCUGCAAAACCAUAUGGCAUUGUUGAGACGAAGCCCAGAUUGUUCCCAGGUGAUAUAAUUCUGGAGACUGGAGAAGUAAUUCCACCAAUGAAAGACUUUCCUGAUAAGCAUCACUGAAGGUUACUUAAACAUUUCGUGGCUUUUGAGCCUAAGUUGUUCCACAUUACCAUGCUUACUGAAUAUAUUUUCUGGAAAAGUAACUUUAAUAAAGUAAACUAUGCGUUUACUCUUGGAAA